GAGAAAGCUGCAUGUUUCUGUGAAUGGACCGAGGCUAGCUGGCAGCUCUGAAGCAGGUUUGUGGUCAUUUCGGAACUAAAUACUUACUAUGGCGACCUAAAAAUAACACUUGCACCUUUUGUAGAAACUCUACCUUCAACUGUGCAUCUUUUUUGUUGUUUUUGUCUACUUUGUUUAUUUUAGCGCCCCAGUUCCGUUUCCAUCUCAACAGCUUACAUUUAAUUAUUUUACCUGUAAGGAACCAGCUGCUGCUAGCCUCGAUAUAACCGUCUAUACGUUCAUUUUUUAACACAUUUGGUACCUACACCAGCUGUAGUAUCACCUUAAGCAAACGGAGAUCAGUUUUUGUUUGAGGGGGAAACAUGUCUGGAGCCAAUAGAGGACAAGGAAGCGCGGCUAGCGAGCUUCACAACCAAGAAAACAUGCUGUCAAGACUGAGAGGUUUGAAAAACAGAGCCGCUUCAAAUGAGGACCAAGAGAACCUGCCGCCGAAGCAAGCCGGCAGAACCGUGCUCGGAGCCCUGCAGAACAACCAGCGAAGCAAAACUCAGAACCAGCGCGGCACCAAACAGGAGUCAUCGCAGCCCUUGUCCUGCAAAAACGAAGACUUUGUCAAAAGCUGCUCCGAGAAGCCGCUCGCCAAGCCGUCCACUUUCCAGAUCCAUGUGGACGAGCCUGAUGGCGCCUGCACCAAGAAGCCGCAGCAGGUGGUUGAAGCUGUCAAAGCCAAAGCCAUCCCUGAAGACUCUCCCCUCACAAUCAGUAGUGUGGCUCGGCUCCGACAACCAUUGGCCACCAUUGACAUGCCAUCAGCGAUGGACGUCAGCUUCGACUCUCCUAUGGACAUGUCUGUGAUUGAGGGGGAGGAGAAACCAGUCGAUGUAAAUGAGGUCCCAGAAUAUGCUGCUGAAAUCCACACAUACCUGAGGGAGAUGGAGGUAAAAACGAGGCCUAAAGCGUGCUACAUGAAGAAGCAGCCUGACAUCACCAACAGUAUGAGGGCCAUCCUGGUGGACUGGCUGGUCGAGGUUGGAGAGGAAUACAAGCUCCAGAAUGAGACACUUUAUCUGGCUGUAAACUACAUCGACCGCUUCCUUUCUUCCAUGUCUGUCCUGAGGGGGAAGCUUCAGCUGGUUGGCACUGCUGCUAUGCUGUUGGCUUCGAAAUUUGAGGAGAUCUAUCCCCCAGAGGUGGCAGAGUUUGUUUACAUCACAGAUGACACCUACACCAAGAAGCAAGUGCUAAGAAUGGAGCACCUGGUGCUGAAAGUGCUCUCCUUUGAUCUGGCAGCACCAACGAUCAACCAGUUUCUCACCCAGUACUUCCUCAAUCAGUCAGUUAACAAACAGGUGGAGAGCCUGGCAAUGUAUCUUGGGGAGCUCAGUCUGGUUGACUCAGAUCCCUUCUUGAAGUACCUCCCAUCACACACAGCUGCUGCAGCUUACACCCUGGCAAACCACACAGUGACUGGGGGCUCAUGGCCAAAAUCCUUGACUGAGAUGAGUGGCUACUCACUUGAAGAUCUGAUGCCAUGCGUUGAGGAUCUGCACAAAACUCUUGUCAAAGCUUCUCAGCAUGCCCAGCAGUCUGUUCGGGAGAAAUACAAGGGACCAAAGUACCAUGAAGUUUCCCUCAUCGAAGCUCCAGCUACUCUGCUGCUACACUAACUCCUCCCCUUGUCAAUGUAGAGUUUUGUAUUCUGUCAGUCUUUAAAACUUUUUUUUUUAAUGAUGUGUGCCACAUUUUCAAAUGCAGCCUGCUCUUUUUGGAGUAGCGUUACAUGUUUCAUGAGGUUUUUAGGCAUUUUUAUAUUCUAUCCUGACAUCCAUUCAGACGCUACUGUUGUGUUGGUGAAUCAAGCAGUUUUAAUGUUGACUUUUAAUCCCAGACAAAAUGUAGAGGUCUUAGCACCACUUUCUGCUUUCCAGCUACACCUUAACAUCCCAAUAGACCUGUGAAUGUACUCAAACCCAGAACCUGUUUUUUCAAAUUUUUUGGUUGAGUUGAUUCCAGUUCUUGCUGGUUCACCUUGAUGGGUGUAACUGAACUAUGACCUCACUGGAUGCAGAUUAAAGUACAUUUUGUCUGUAAUUGAGUCAGCUGUCUCAUUACAUUGGUGUCUUGGAAGUUUACAGCUUUUCAAGGUACCAUCUGCACUGUAAAAUAUGGCUCUUGUAAAUAAAAUUCAUUUAAAGUAA